CAAAUCUCGAAAUUCCUCUUCCCUUGGUGAGAUACUCAGAACAACCACCGAGCACCACCAGCAACAAUGGCGUCCCACCGAGUCACCUACCGCCGCCGUAACGGCUACAACACCCGCUCCAACCGGACCCGAGUCAUCAAGACUCCCGGUGGUGACCUCCGAGUUCUGCACAUCAAGAAGCGCGGAACCGUCCCCAAGUGCGGUGACUGCGGCUCCAAGCUCUCUGGUAUUCCCGCUCUCCGCCCCCGCGAGUACUCCCAGAUCUCCAAGCCCCAGAAGACCGUCCAGCGAGCCUACGGCGGUUCCCGAUGCGGUAACUGCGUCCGCGACAGAAUCGUCCGCGCUUUCCUGAUCGAGGAGCAGAAGAUUGUCAAGAAGGUCAUGAAGGAGCAGGAGGCUAGCCAGAAGAAGAAAUAAACAAAGUCCUUUUUUUUUAGAAUCUUGGGAAGAAAAGAGAUAAAACAAGCCCAUUUCGACUUGCUGGAAUUUGUCUUUCUGUGUGCGCGGGAAUGGCAAGGAACUCUUUUGGGGGGUUUGGUUCAUUGCUAUGGUGUUCAUUAGGGCAAAAAUAUCGGACUGCAUGAUACAUUACGGCCGAGCCGAACCCAUGGCCGGUCUGCUGCUGUCUUUAGGACUGCUUGCCCGCUUGGUGAUCUGAAUGGAAACGAACAUCAAGUUGGUA